AUGAGUCCUCCGUCGAGUCCGAAUAGGACUCCUGGAUAUACUCCGAAUGUAUUUACUGGUCUAGCUCUAUCGUUCUCUCGUUUACUCCUGUUCUGUGAAACGAAGCGUUUCAUGUAUUUCAUUUUUGCCCACGUUUGUCUUUUCUCACUUCUACCUAUCUUUUCUAAUUGGGAGACUGACAACUACUUCGUCCAGAAACAUAACAUAUUUAAUCAAUAUGGUGUUAAACUGGGAUGGUUUUGGACAUUGGCAGUCGUGGGGCCAUUCAUUUACUUGACAUCCUGCGCACACGACGUACAUCAGAGACGUUUGGGAAAUGAUCUUGGAAGGUUAGGAAUAGCUACUGUCUGCUGGUAUUCCGUCACAACCAUUUUCCACAAAGUUUUGGAAAGAACAUCGUUCUGUCACGGUGCUCUCAAUGUGUCCCGCGAUAAGUGUAGGCAAAGUAAUGGUGUAUGGACACCUGGCCUCGACAUUUCGGGACAUAUUUUCCUGAUGGUUUAUAGCAUGCUCAUCAUUCAUGAAGAAGCGAAAUCUUUCAAAUGUUGGAAUCAGUUGUCGAAACAUAAUGCAUAUGAAGGAGCAAGUGGUAAAGCAGUAUUCGCUGAACGAACGAAAAACACUUCCUACUCGUUCCUUGCAUUGGCUGUUCUGUUGUCAGUUUGGUUGUGGCAAAUAACUAUUUCUUGUAUUUAUUAUCAUAUCUGGUACGAUAAGGUCUUUGCUGCUAUCAUAGCUAUUAUCUGUUGGUUUACAACUUAUAAUGGAAUUUACAAAAACAUAAGUUUGACACUCCUCUGUCAACCUUGA